AUGGCAAACUUUUCACGCGAACUCUACAGCAACGAUGAACACGAUAUCAAUCUUCAAAAAUGCGUCUACCUUCUCUUUACCCCAGGCGGAGGCAAAUUCGAGCCUAGUGGUGAGCUGCGCAAGCAUGGAGAUACACCGAUCGCAAGCAGAACUAAGAUCUGUUUGAACACCUGCUCCGAGUUGCCCACAAAGAUCUCGACGAAGGUACCAGAAGGAGAAAGAAAAGCUACCACCACAAAAGAACCUACCGAAACCAAGAAACCUACCGCCACUCCAAAGACCACAACAGAAGUGCGGAUGCCGCCGCUCAUCAAGCCAUCACCUCCCUUCGUCGUAUUCGAACCAACCGACCCUAUCAAAUCUCGUUACGGACUACGUGUGCGCAUUCUCAACAAAGAAUACGUACCUGCUCUAUCCGAUCCACAAACCGAAUACUAUCAGAGCUUCACCAAGACAGUCACAGAUGCUGUGGUGUCCAUCGGUGAUGUGCCUCGUCCAAUCGAAGUGAAGAGCCUCAUCGAAGAAACGGCCAUUCGAGGCAAUAUUGGCGAGUUGACAGACUCCUAUCCUGUACCACAGCCAACACCGUUCCUUUACGGUAACAAUAUAGCGAAGACUCCAGCAGGCUUCGAUAACGCUGCUUUCCUCACCCAUCAAAGGCAUUAUUCUCAAGCAACUACGGCCUCCACGAAACCCGGAGGCAAUAGUCCCCAAUCAGCAGAGAGUAGAGACGAAACACCUGGAGGUAUUGGCGAGACUACCUAUCAUGAGUGGUACUCGAAG